ACAGCAUGAGGUAAUCAGAGACGUUACCGGCAACGUCUGAAAAAGGGUGUAGCAAACGUAGUUUCAGCUCAAAAAUGGGAUGGCGUAUGUGUGACAAUAGUAUUCCUUUAUUCAUGAUCAGAUCGGGGAACCUCUAUGUUUGUCCAUCGCUUUUGUUUUGACAGCUGACGAAUGAUAAUUUAGUACCCAGCAAUUAAGUUCAUACACUUGCCAGGGAUUGUGCAUAAAAGUUGUCUAAAAAGCAUGUAACGUAUAAUAAUGUUCACGAGUUGGACGUGACAUUCGUGUGCAUAAUAGCUCGUGAAUAAUGUCCGCGAUUAUAGAUGACAAGGUUGUCGCAGGUGCGAAAAGCUCAAACACUGUCAAAGAAGAUCCGAUAGUGGCAUUAACAGAAAGGGUGAAUGCUUUGUACCUCUUUCGAGAUCGCUACUUUGAAACACAUUCUAUUGACGAAGCUAUAAGGAAAAAUAGCGAUGUCGAGAAGGAGAUGAAGGACACACUGAGCAAGUUCGACGAGUGCAAGGGAUACGAAAUUGAUGGUUCACGCGCAAAUUAUUAUUACUUAAAGGGAAAAGCUCUGAAUGUUGUGGAUCGUUUCAUUCCACAAGCAGAGGAGCUCUUGAGCAAAGCUGUAAAAUUGGAGCCUAAAUUAAUAGAGGCAUGGAAUGAAUUGGGGGAAUGUUACUGGAAAAAUGAUGAUAUACAGCAGGCUAAAAAUUGUUUCAUCGGCGCCCUACCACAUGACAGAAAUAAAGUGUCGUUGCGCAAUUUGUCAAUGGUACUUAGACAAGAGCAGACUUCAUCUAUGGAACAGCGAAUAAAAAAUAUUCAGCAGGGAGUAGAGUAUGCCAAGGAGGCUGUGAGUUUGGACACAACAGACGGCAUAUCCUGGGCCAUAUUAGGAAAUGCUUAUUUAUCUUCCUUUUUUACAGUAGCACAAAGUCCAACUAUCUUACGUCUUUGUAUGUCAGCAUACAUGCAAGCGGAAAAAGAUAUCAUUGCCAAAAGUAAUCCCGACUUGUUUUAUAAUAAGGCAGUAGCCUUAAAAUAUCAAGAGGAAUAUAGCUUAGCGUUACGUUCUUUCGAAAAUGCGAUGGCACUAGAUCCAUUGUGGGAAACUCCACGUAACAAACGGGACGAAUUAUUACAAUAUCUUAAAGAUAUACAAAAUUCGAUCAAUAACAAUGGAUACGUAAAACCAAAACGGCUAUACCAAAUGAUACGGGCAUUGGAUAUUAAACAUUUAGGACCGUACAAGGGUGGAUCAUACACAUCUGGAGAGAAAUCUAUAAAGUUAGAGCUAAUUCCAUUAAAGGAAUUGGCUCUCGGAUUGAAUACAGAAAAAGUCGUGUUUGGUAAAGUGGUUUGUUGGAUACAAGACUCGGAUUGCGUCCCAUUCGCUUUCUGUCUCGUCGAUGAACAAAAGACUUGUAUCGUUGUUACCGUGUACAAUCUCGCUAAAGGCCGAGGAGUUACGGUCGGAGAUUCCGUCGGAAUCCCAGAACCUUUCGUCAUACAUCAGAAAUUUUCCUACAUGGACAAUGAUUUCGAUUACAAAUCUAUCCGCGUUGAGACACCAGUCGUACUCGUAGUUAACGGAAGAAAGUUAGGUCGAGAACAACAAGCUAGCGCAAACUUGCAUACUUUCAAAAAGACGAAUUGAGUCUAAAUGAAACAUGGUGAUCGAGCAUUGAAUCAUACAACAGCCAGGUAUAGAUGAUUUUCUAUCCUAUCCUUUUCCAAUAAGAGCAAAGAUAACGCAAAAAAGCUCGUUGAUAUACUUUAGUCCUUUGAUUUCCUCAAGUAUGCUGCGCAUGACAAAUAAGUUGAAAAUGAAUAUAUUUGAAAAAGUGUUACAUCGGCAAUAAUCAAAAAUAAUCUGCGACAUUGCUUAGAAUAUAUGCCAUGUUACAACAAUUUUAUAUUUUAUAACAACGUACAAGAAAAAUACUCACAUGGAGGUCUGAGACAUCACAUCUUUGAAAUCAACGAGAAAAGAUGUACAUGUUACUGUUUAUUGCGAUAUUAAUGCGAUAUUUGUGCACAAAAAAGGCGAUCACUGUAUCCGCCGAUUUAUAGAGCUGUAAGACUUUGCCCUCAUCUUUUAUG